GCAGCAACCGUAAACAUUCGGCAGGUGCGCGUUUGUUUGGUGUUUCCAGCACAAAGUAGAAUUUCAAAGGAUUUGUAGCAUUAUUUAGAUCUUGCAAACAAUGGCUGAAAAGAAGAAAGGCGGAGGAAUGGCACGAAAAGGAAAGGAAAUCCAGUUACAGCGGGAGAUAGAGACCCAGGAAGAAUGGGAGGACAUGCUCUCCAAAGAGGGACUUUGUGUGGUGGAUGCUUAUCAAGAGUGGGCAGGUCCAGUAACACCUCUAAUUCCAAAUUUACGCAGACUUAAAAAUGAACUUGGCGAUGAUUUAUUAAAAUUCUUUGUCGCUAAGGCAGACACCAUUGAUGCCUUGGAGAAAUAUAGAGGGCGCUGUGAACCUUGCUUCUUGUUUUAUGCUGGAGGUGUAUUGGUUGCUGUUGUGAGAGGGGCCAAUGCUCCGUUAAUUCUGCGAACCAUAACAGAGCAGUUAGCACAGGAGCACAAGGUCCUGGAUGGACAGGCAGAAAGAAAGGAGAUCAAGGACACAGUUAUAGCUCAGUUAGAAGAGAGGGACAAACAGAUGGAGGAAGAAGAAGAGGAAGUUGAAGCUUUGAGAUUCAAAUUUCAGGGAGAAAUUAUUGAGUUUGGGGAUGAGCUAGACAGUGAUGGAACAGAGCCAGUGAAGGAGGUGUCAGUGGUCAUAAUCAAACCAGAUGCUGUUCAGUCAGGCAAGGCAGAAGAGAUUCUCACUGAGAUGAAGAACAGAGGUAUAGAGGUACUGAGACAGGAGGAGAGGCAGCUUACAGAGGAUGAAGUUAAGAAUGUAUACACACAUCUUCAAGAUGAGCCAUUCUUUGAAGAACUGGUUGCUUUUAUGACCAGUAGUCCAUCUAUAGUGCUGGCUAUUACUAAAGGAAAGACGGGUGAAAAUGUUAUCAAGGAGUUCCGAGAUCUGAUUGGCCCACCUGAAGUUGAAGAAGCUAAGGAGGCAGCCCCUGAAAGCUUACGUGCCAAGUUUGGUCAAGGAAAAUUCAUGAAUGCUGUUCACGGGAGUGACUCACAAGACACAGCUGCACGAGAACUUGCAUUUUUCUUCCCAGACUUUGCUGCGCCAAAGGUGGAAGGCAAGCCAAAAUUACAGAGAACACUUGCGCUUAUCAGACCAGAUGCUUAUAAAAAUAAUAAAGAUGCAAUUUUGGCAAAGAUUCGUGAGUCAGGUUUCAAGGUUGCCAUGUCAAAGGAGAUUCAUCUUACAAAAGAACAGGCAGAAGAUUUCUAUAAAGAACACAGGGGUCAAGAGUACUUUGAAGAACUUACUACAAGAAUGUCAAGUGGUACACUGUUAGCCCUUGGUUUGGCAAGAGAAGAGGCUGUGACAGGAUGGAGGGAAAUGUUAGGACCUACCAAGGUAGAUGAAGCAAAGGAGCAGGCCCCAGAAAGUUUGAGGGCACAGUUUUCAGAAGAGGGUGUACAGAUAAAUAUGUUACAUGGUUCAGAUUCUGAGGAGUCUGCAAAGAAAGAAAUAGAAUACUUCUUCCCCAUGGAACAAACUGUAGCAGUUAUAAAACCAGAUGCAUAUGGUACCAAAGAUGAGAUUAUAUCCAAGAUUCACGAAGCAGGAUUUAGAAUAGCAGCAAGAAAAGAAACCACACUAUCAAAGGAGAUUGCAGAAGAAUUCUAUGCUGACCAUAAAGACAAAGAAUACUAUAACGAGCUUGUGGAACAUAUGACAAGUGGUCCAACAUGUUUCAUGGUGCUAUCAAGAGAAGGGGCUGUUGAUGGAUGGAGAUCUCUUAUUGGACCUACUGACCCAACCAAGGCUAAGGAGGUGGAAGCAGAUACGCUCAGAGCUUUAUAUGGACAAGACACCCUUAGAAAUGCUGUUCACGGGUCUUCUAAUCCAGACCACGCCAUGUCACAGAUACAAAAGAUUUUUGGUGAAUUAUACUUCAAUAAAGAUGGUUCCGUGAAAGAUGAAAAAGAAGGUGUUCCAGCUCUCCAAGUAACAGAGGUGCCCUCUGUUGAUCCCGAUCAAUUAGAAGAAGCCAUUGCAGAGCAACAAGAAGUUUCAUAUGAACCAGCACCAGAAUUUGAGAGAGAAGCAAAGAGUGACGUUAAAAAAGAAGGGAAAUCAAAACCAGCAUCAGCCAAAAAAGAAAAGGAAGGUGAUGAUAAGGGAGAUAAGCAGGAACAGAGUGAAUCACAAGAGGAAGAUCAACAGGAGCAGAAACCAGCUGAAGAUCAAACUCCACAGCAGCCAAGUGAGAGUGAAGCUCAACAAGAAAAACAAACGGAAGGUGAAGCAGCACCUGAACAACAAACGGAACAGCCGGCUGAACAGCAAGCUGAACAGCAAGCAGAAACUACUGAAGAAAAAGCAAAAAGUCCAGAACCACAAGCUCAGGAAGAGAAACCAGCUGAACAAACCACAGAAGAACAAACAGAGCAGAAACCCACAGAAGAAUCCAAACCAGCAGAAAGUCAGCCUGCAGAGGAACCAGCACAAACUGAACAAAAGACAGAGGCAAUGGAGGAACCAGCUAAAACGGAAGAGGAACCAGCUAAAACAGAAGAGGAACCAGCUAAAACAGAAGAGGAACCAGCUAAAACAGAGGAGGAACCAGCUAAAACAGAAGAGCCUAAAGCCGAAGAGGAACCAAAAAAGGAAGAGACCACGGAACAGAAAGCUGAAGAGACUCAAGAAGCUGAAAAGAAAGAAGAAACACCAGCUGAAGGAGGUGGACAGUAGCGAGUGCUUAGGAAAUGAAACUGCCAUCAUUUGCAUUUUUACCGACAACGUAAGAACUAAAGGUGCAUAUUUCCAUAACAUACCAAGGGAGACAAUUCUUGAGACAAAAUUCAAAUUCUGUGGAAGUGUUAUGUAUUAUAUAGUGUACAAUAGACCUAAUGACUUAUUGUGUUGU